AUGCCAGCCCUGCCCAACUGUGAGUGGCCCCACAUCACCAAAGGUACUCCUCACCUCACACCAGAAGCUCCACGUUCUGGUGGAACUGGGGCCACCAUGCUGGAUGUGUGGCCUCGGCGUCCACCUCCACCCUCUUAUGCCAGGCUCUGGGAAGGGCUGCAGAACUUGGGCACUGGGCACCACUGCUCACCCCUCUUCCUCUCUUCUUCCUCACCGCCAGCCCCAGACCCAGUGAGAAACCUGAACUUGGAAGGACAGAAUAGCAGCUCCAUCACCCUGGGCUGGGCUGGCCCUGAGGGCGCGGACGCCCACAACCUCACCUACUGGGCCCAGUGCACUGGAGAUGGAGACAGGACUGAGACUCGAAACACAACAGAUACCUGGGUCACCGUGGAUGGACUUGAACCUGGGUCUUCCUAUGUGUGUUCUGUGUGGGUGGAGAAAGAUGGAGUCGUGAGCUCCAGGGAGAACCUCACUGUCUCCACAGCCCCAGACCCAGUGAGAAACCUGAGCUUGGAAAGGCAGAGCAGCAGCUCCAUCACCCUGGGCUGGGCUGGCCCUGAGGGCGCGGACACCCACAACCUCACCUACUGGGCCCAGUGCACUGGAGAUGGAGACAGGACUGAGACUCGAAACACAACAGACACCUGGGUCACCGUGGAUGGACUUGAACCUGGGUCUUCCUAUGUGUGUUCUGUGUGGGUGGAGAAAGAUGGAGUCGUGAGCUCCAGGGAGAACCUCACUGUCUCCACAGCCCCAGACCCAGUGAGAAACCUGAGCUUGGAAGGGCAGAACAGCAGCUCCAUCACCCUGGGCUGGGCUGGCCCUGAGGGCGCGGACACCCACAGCCUCACCUACUGGGCCCAGUGCACUGGAGAUGGAGACAAGACUGAGACUCGAAACACAACAGACACCUGGGUCACCGUGGAUGGACUUGAACCUGGGUCUUCCUAUGUGUGUUCUGUGUGGGUGGAGAAAGAUGGAGUCGUGAGCUCCAGGGAGAACCUCACUGUCUCCACAGCCCCAGACCCAGUGAGAAACCUGAGCUUGGAAAGGCAGAACAGCAGCUCCAUCACCCUGGGCUGGGCUGGCCCUGAGGGCGCGGACACCCACAACCUCACCUACUGGGCCCAGUGCACUGGAGAUGGAGACAGGACUGAGACUCGAAACACAACAGACACCUGGGUCACCGUGGAUGGACUUGAACCUGGGUCUUCCUAUGUGUGUUCUGUGUGGGUGGAGAAAGAUGGAGUCGUGAGCUCCAGGGAGAACCUCACUGUCUCCACAGCCCCAGACCCAGUGAGAAACCUGAGCUUGGAAGGGCAGAACAGCAGCUCCAUCACCCUAGGCUGGGCUGGCCUGGAGGGUGUGGACACCCACAGCCUCACCUACUGGGCCCAGUGCACUGGAGAUGGAGACAGGACUGAGACUCAAAACACAACAGACACCUGGGUCACCGUGGAUGGACUUGAACCUGGGUCUUCCUAUGUGUGUUCUGUGUGGGUGGAGAAAGAUGGAGUCGUGAGCUCCAGGGAGAACCUCACUGUCUCCACAGCCCCCAGUGAGGUCACACUGCUGCAGAAGGAAGGUCAGACCAAUCACUCGGUGACCCUGAGGUGGGAGGCCCCUGUGGACCCCCACUCCCAGCUCUACACCUACUGGAUUCACUGGGCUGGUCAAGAAAACCCUCCCAGGACGCAAGAGCCCCAGGGGCCCUGGGGCAGCUCAACAGGCAGGACCAAUGACACCUGGUAUGUGGCAGAUGCCCUCAUGCCUGGCACUUGGUACAACUUCAGUGUGUGGGCAGAGAGAAAUGGCAUUUUCAGUUCCACGAAGAGCCUCCAGGCUCCCACAGCCCCCGAUGCCGCCACCAUCAUCUCCUGCCUGAGCACCUCAGGAGGCUACGCCAUGGUUGUGACCUGGUCCUGUCCCACUGGGGGCUACGAGGCCUUUGAGUUGGAGGUGGGUGGGCAUCGGGCCUCCCAGGACCGGUCUUCGUGUGGGAAGGGCGUGACUGUGUCAGGUCUUGGGCCGGCUCAGUCCUACCCCACCACUGUCACCACCACCUGGAGUGGAUUAAGGGCCCAAUCUGCCCCUCUCACCUGCUACACAGAGCGUGCAGGGGUCAUUGCGGGAGCCAUUGUGGGUGUCCUCCUGUUUCUCAUCCUGGUAGGCCUCCUGAUUUUCUUCUUGAGGAAGAGGAAUCAGAAGCAGCAGCAGAAGGUGGUCCCCAAGGAUCUUAUGUUCAGCUCCCCAGGGGACAUCCUGGCCAAAGACUUUGCUGACCACGUUAGGAAAAAUGAGAAGGACAGCAGCUAUGGAUUUGCAGAGGAGUACCAGCUAUUGGCCCUGGAGGGCCAUGGCCAAUCUCAGAUGGUGGCUUCUGCUCCAGAGAACAUGGCCAAAAACCGCUACAGGAAUGUGCUGCCCUACGACUGGUCACGGGUACCGCUGCAGCCCCUCCGCAAUGAGCCGGGGUCCGAUUACAUUAACGCCAGCUUCCUGCCGGGUCUCUGGAGUGCCCAGGAGUUCAUCGCGGCCCAGGGUCCCCUGCCCCACACUGUGGGUGACUUCUGGCGCCUGGUGUGGGAACAGCAGAGCCACACCCUGGUCAUGCUGACCAACUGUGUGGAGUCCAGCCGGGUGAAAUGCGAGCAUUAUUGGCCUCUGGAUUCUCAACCCUGUACCCACGGGCUCCUUCGGGUGACACUGCUGAGUGAGGAGGUGACAGAGUCCUGGACGGUGCGAGAGCUGCAGCUCCUCCAUGUGGAGGAGCAGAAGACUCUAUCUGUGCGCCAGUUCCAUUACCUGGCCUGGCCAGACCAUGGCGUCCCCCACUCCCCAGAGCCUCUGCUGGCCUUCUGGAAGUUGCUCCGUCAGUGGCUGGAUGAGACCGUGGAGGGAGGCCCGCCCAUUGUGCAUUGCAGUGCUGGUGUGGGCCGGACAGGCACACUCAUCGCCCUGGAUGUCCUGCUCCGGCAGCUGGAAUGUGAGGGGCUUGUGGGGCCCUUCAGCUUCGUGAGGAGGAUGAGAGAGAACCGCCCACUGAUGGUGCAGACUGAGGCCCAGUAUGUGUUCUUGCACCAUUGUAUCCUGAAGUACCUCCAGCAGUCAGCCCCUCCCUCCCCCCAAAAUGAGGCCAUGCGGGAUAAUGGGGCCUGCCUCAUCUACCAGAACUCCGAAGCCAUCCAGGCCCAGCAGCGGGAGGUCUGA